AUGAGGAAUUCUUGGCUGCUGUGGACAUCCCUUGCGUUGCCCGCGCUGGGGCUGACCCUCCACGAGCGCGAUGCGCCCGCCGUGAUCGGCAUGGACAUUCAACGCAAGGAUGUCGUCGACCCUGUGGCCAGAGAUCGGGUGAGAAGAAAGCGCGACAAGACCGUCGUGAGCCAGGCGCUGGAUAAUGAGGAAACCCUCUACUACUGCAACGUCACCCUGGGUACUCCGGCGCAAAGCUUGCGCCUGGUCCUGGACACCGGCAGUAGCGAUCUGUGGUGCAAUGCGGCCAAUUCGACACUGUGCGAGAAGAGGUCCGACCCGUGCCAGGAUUCCGGUACCUACGAUGCUAGCGCCUCGUCCUCGCAGGCCUACGUCAAUUCCGACUUCAACAUCACCUAUGCCGAUGGCUCCGGUGCGGUCGGCGACUACGUCACGGAUAAGCUUACGAUCGGCGGCGCUAUAAUCAAAGACUUCCAGUUCGGCGUAGGCUAUUCGUCUUCCUCAUCAGAGGGUGUACUGGGUAUCGGAUAUACCGCAAACGAAGUCCAAGUCGGCCGCAAUGGAGACUCCGCCUAUUCAAAUUUGCCUAAAGCGAUGGUCGAGAAGGGCCUGAUCAAAUCCAACGCCUACAGCCUGUGGCUGAAUGAUCUGGACGCCAGCACCGGUUCUAUUCUCUUUGGCGGUGUCAACACCGCAAAGUACCACGGAUCGCUGGAAUCCUUGCCAAUCCAAAAAGUCGGCAGUACUUUCUCCGAAUUCGUCCUCGCUCUGACGGCCGUGGCGGUCUCCACCUCGACCAGGACGCACAACUACUCGUCCAGUGCUCUGCCCGUCGGUGUUCUGCUCGACUCGGGAAGCUCCCUGACCUAUCUGCCUGAUUCCAUCGUCAAUGACAUCUAUAAUGAUCUGGAGGUAACCUACUCGGAAUCCAGCGGAGUCGGGAUUGUCCCUUGCAGCCUCGCUCAGAAGGACGUGAAUGUUUCCUAUACCUUCUCGUCUCCAACGAUCCACGUGGCAGCUAGCGAACUCGUCAUCGACAUGGGCGACUAUACCUAUAGCAACGGUGAGCGUGCCUGUAUCUUUGGUAUUGCCCCGGCUGGCAGCAGCACGGCCGUGCUGGGAGAUACGUUCUUGCGCAGUGCCUACGUUGUAUACGACCUGGCCAACAAUGAGAUUUCCCUCGCAAACACCAACUUCAACACAACGGAAAAUAACAUCCUCGAAAUCGGAACCGGGACGGACUCGGUCCCUAGCGCGACGGCGGUUUCCAACCCCGUCACCUCCGUGGCUGUGGGUGGCUCGGGAGCGCGCAUCGGUGGCAUCGGCGGAGGCAGCAGCGGCAUUUUCACCUCGACCGCAACUGGAAAUGCGGCGCCGAAACAGACCGGCAUGGGUCAGCAACUGGCCCUCGGGUUGGCUGGUGCUGGAUACCUCCUAGCUCUGUGA